ACUUCAGGUACUCAAUAGAAUGUUGCAGUGAUGGCUAAAGUGAGCCGACAGCACACCGUCGCUGCCCGACCGAAUGCAUGCUCCACUACUUUAUACGUGGUGUAAGCCUGCACGACAGAGAUCUUGGUUUUAUUCACAUAUCACUUUCCAAGCUUAUUACAACCCAUUCCUAUAUGCAAUGUAUCGCAGAAAAACGCCGGGUUGAGUUUAUACAAAAUGGAUAACUGUACUUUAUACUCCGUGGGGUACUUUGGUUAUAUAUACCUGAACGCGUCCAGAUACCUUGGCGGUGCGAUCUCAUCCUUGAAUCUACAUCGUAUAUGGUGCGUCCCGCGUCGGUGAUUUUCAUGCUAUUCGCAUCACUGAAUCCCAAUUAUGACAUCAACAUCGAACCCGCUGGUACGAGAUUUGAACUAUUUCGUCCUCUCCGCAGCGAAUCCGGCCGCCAUCCAUCUUCUAUCGGAAAUCCAGUCCAAAUCAUCACCACCGACCCUCCAUAGCGGUGAGGAGACAAUUGGCUACCGCAUAUCCAUCCCUUCUCACAACUCGCGUCAGGACGAAGCUUGCUACAAGUGGAGGGUUGGCGCCGGUCCCUCGCCAGCCAUCGCCAAGAUGGGGGAUAUUUUUGUCCCGGAAAUUCUUCUCUGCCCGCAGGAUACAUCACAAACGCCAAGCUCAAAGACAGUUCGUGCAUACAUCAAGCACAUUCACGCUGUUCUUUUCCUCCAUCCACAGUCAGGAGCUCUAGUACUCAGAUCACGGUCAAAUAAACCCAUUAUCUACGAGCAAGGAGACAUACACGAUCAGGAUGUAGAAAUAUGCGGGGGCCCAGACAGCAAAGUCAAGUCUUGCGUUCUACGGCGAAGGAAAAACUACCUUCAAUUCGGCCCAUAUCGCUUCCUUCUCGAGUUUACCGUCAGCCAUCAAGAUCGAGGCAGAUUCAGCAAAACCAUCGACCGGUCUCUCCAUCAUCGCCAUCAUAAGCUCUUCAGCUUCAUUCCUAGCACUGAUAUCGAAACUCUCUGGAACGUAUGGCUGCAUCGUAAAGUUCCGAAUUCAUCCUCACUACAGACCGGGGUUCACAUUUACACCGGGCAGCCGGUAGCAGUAAAGACACUGCACAAUAAAAUCCGAGGGCGAAGAUACAUGAUUGAUCAGAUUAAGCUUGCUUCUCGGUACAGAGACAAAGCAGAUAACGGUAUACUUGGCAUACUCGACGUUUGGUGUGAGCACUGGACAUCUCCUCCAUGCUUGUUGAAGCCGAGUAGCGCAGUCAUCCAAUGUCGAACCACCUAUUUCUCUAUGCCUCUGGCUGAGCAGAAUUUUCUCCAUAAGCGCUGGAGAAAGCUAGACACUAACACACAUCUCAAGUAUUUAUACCAAACUUUAUGUGGAUUGGCUGAACUCCAUGGCCAAGGAAUUGUUCACGGAAAUAUUCAGCCUGGAUCAUUGCUGAUAUAUGAGCAACGAGCCUAUGUAUCUCUAUGCAUGCAACGACCAGACGCAUACGACCCAAGCAUCUGCGCUGCACCAGAGGUCUGGCUAGACAAGUACCGAGAACUGGAUGAGACAAAACUGGACAUCUGGGCACUUGCUAUAUCAUGGCUCUUUACAUGUUUAAGACCGCCGGCAGACCUUAUGAUAACACGACAUUCUUAUAAACAUCUUCAGACGACUUUAAAGUCCCGAAGGGACAAGGGCCGUGUUUCAGAGCCGCUAUUUGACCUACUGCAGGAAAUGCUAGCCUGGGAUCCCUGCAAUCGUCCCAGUGCGAUAGAGGCUCUUAACCACAAGGCAUGGUUGCCUGUUUUACCACGAAUAGCUCGAAAAGCAAGAGGGUCACGAACUCGAAGGUUGAUACAGGCAGUGGAACGAAGAGAGCAGAGAGCCAAGGAGCUCUAACGUAAUUAUGUAGUCUCUUUCAACUUUCCUCUUGGAAAUAUAGGAGUUAAUGGUUUAAAAUAUUACUGUACAUACCUAGAAUGCAUAUAUUUGCAGCACGGCAUGCAUUCUUAGUCUCUUUGGGACGACACAGGUCACCCACGUCUCUA